AUGUACGCCACCAAGUCCAUCAAGAUCGAAUCAGGGCUCGACGAUGCCGCCACCUCCAGCGAUACUGGCCGAUCGGGCUCGCCUCUACACCGUACCGCAGCCAGAGAGUUCUACGACACUCCAGAGCUCCGACAGAUUAUGCUAGGCCUUCUGAAGGGGAGAGAGCUGAAGCGGUUCAUGCGGGUGGAACGAAAGUGUAUGCACGAUGUCUCUAAAGAACUGUACCACACGAUGGACUACGCGCAUGUCCUCUUCAAGAUGACAACUGCCGCCUAUACAUGGGCACUUGAAGAUCUGACAUUCCUAGCCUCGGCAACGCACAUACUGCCACGCAGUCACCGUAAUCAACAUGGACUCCUCGCAAGUGCCGUCCGUGGUGUGGGAAACGCUCGGUCGGGCCGAUUUCAGCUUAAGGCGCAACGAAGCCUGGGCAGCUCGGUACCAGCCAGCUCGCAUCACAGAGCUCGUCAAGAUCCUCUCAAGCAAUGCCCCAGGUUGCGGACCCUCCAUUAUACUGCCCAGAGGUCGGACCUGCAACCCGGUAGGCGGGUGACGAUUUGCACGCUUCGUCUGCAAGUAGGGUCGAGCUCGCAAGUGGACAGCUAUACUGGACAGUUGGACGUUAUUCAGACGUUCAUCAACAACCGUUGCGAGCCAAUCAGGAAAUUGCGGCAUCUCGCCCUACCGUCGCCCUCCUACACCAUUCGCCAGCUCGUCGACCUGAAGGUCCGACGCUCCGCGCACUGCACAGACUCCGAACAAGAAGACUUGAAGAAAGCUGUAAGAGCCCAACCUUUCUGUACCUUCAUUCGAACCAUCUCUACAGAAGAUCUUCCAGUCGACCUCGACGAUUUCACGUCCAUCCACAUCGAGCAGCACAGACACGGCGGUGUAGGCUCAUUGUCAAAGAUAGCCGCUUCUGCUAUCAAUUCAUGGACUCUGGGCGACUUCGACCGUCUCGCACAAGCGGCUCGUACCUCACUCGUCUCACUCGACCUCACACUAUCACGGUACUGCGCCAAAAGGGUCAACAUCUCGUUCAAGGAUGCCCUCUCCGUCUGCAUCAAGACGCAAAGCCACCUCCCGAAUCUGCGGAAACUCAGCAUAUCGAUCAAACCGCUGGAGAACGCCGAGUCGUGGAUCGAAACCGAGGGUAUGCUCAGCGAGAAGACUCUGGAGCUGGUCGGCUCGUUGACGCAUCUGCGACUGCAAAGCGGACAGUGCGACACAUCCAUGUUCAAUAUCCUCCGCGUACUUGGGGUGUUCUGCGCGGCCGGCUGCCAGGCCAUUGUCGAUCACGAAGACCGAUGGGGUCCAAGGCAUCCUUGGUCUGAAAAGCGGCAAGUGCAGUAUCAGAAAUACCUGAAGAGACAAACCCCCGAUCGCUGCGCCCAUCUUGGCCCAGCGAAUUUUCCAUCACUGGGCUAUACUCGUCCAUCUCGCCUCAAGAAUCUUUCCUACAGCUCGGACGGCUGCCCGCAACAUCAGUGGGGGUCCCUCGGCCACGAGUGGAAUCAUUGGUUGGAUAGACCUCGUCAAUACAGACAGUACAAUCACUGUCGAGCAUCGCCCACCAGCUUCCGUGAAGGUUGCCUCGUAUCAGCCAUGACGGAUCUUCGCCAGAAUGUGGUUCGCCUAUGGUCGGCGGGCGAGACUACAAAGGCGAAUCUCCGCGAGUGGACCGGCGAGAUGCGAGAUUCUCUCAAGCGAGCACGUGGGGAAGCAGACAGGGCAAUGGAGGCGGUCGAGGAGGUGAAGAGCGUACUGACUUCAAUGGCGCAUGAGUUCAGCGUGCUAAGAGAAGAAGACUCGGAUGCGGCCUGGGAGGAUUUUAGUGAUGAGAGUAGCGACAGCGAUGACGAUCUGUAUCUGUAA